CUCCCUGCUCCUCCUCCCCAGCCAUGGCGUUCACGUUCGCGGCCUUCUGCUACAUGCUGGCGCCGCUGCUCACGGCCGCACUCAUCUUCUUCGCCAUCUGGCACGUUAUAGCAUUUGAUGAGCUGAAGACUGAUUACAAGAAUCCUAUAGACCAGUGUAAUACCCUAAAUCCUCUUGUACUUCCAGAGUGCCUCAUCCAUGCUUUCUUCUGUGUCAUGUUUCUUUGUGCAGCAGAGUGGCUUAUCCUGGGUCUCAAUAUGCCCCUCUUGGCAUAUCCUAUUUGGAGGUAUAUGAGUAGACCAGUGAUGAGUGGACCAGGACUCUAUGACCCUACAGCCAUCAUGAAUGCUGAUAUUCUAGCAUACUGUCAGAAAGAAGGAUGGUGCAAAUUAGCUUUUUAUCUUCUAGCCUUUUUUUUUACUACUUCUACAGCAUGA